UCCAACAGACCUUGAUGGAACUUGACACGUGUGGAGGCUUAUUGCCAUUCGGUCACUUAUGUACUAGGAAGUCUUUUAAAAAUCGAUUUUUAAUCAGCAUCGAUUUGUCAUAAAUCGUAAAAUUUCGGCUCUUUCCGCACUAGCCAUCGUGACAUCAAUUUGACGAAAAAUGCUUCAUGGGUAUAAACAGACAGCUUAUUAAAGAUAAUCUUCUCAUUUUCUGGCAAUGGACAUCAGCUCAAAAUUAGAAGCAUCUGUGGUCGGUGCAGGCUGUGUGUAUGUGCUAUAUUCUGUGCAGUCGUUUGUGAACAGUUACAUCCUCCUGUUUCAUUCAGCUGCAUUUUGCUGGUCAGUUUACACAGAAUGGAAAUGGCAGUGUCAGACAUUUCUCAUUUCCGAGACAUUUUGCAGACCACGGGCCAGGUGUUCGGUGUGGUCAGUCCUGCUCUUCCCCCUUUGUUUGUUGUCACGGAUUCGGUCAUCCAGUUUUUCAACAUAUGAAGACGCUUUGUAUCAAAGUUACAUUCUGGUUUUGAAUCCAUUGUAUCUGGCAUAUCGGAUUCUUGAAAGACCAACGCAUUUCCCGGACUCUCGUGCAAAGGAGAUCUUCCUCGAUGCAGUCUUUGGUGUCGCUAUACCAUUGUGGAUGGAAAAAGGCUGGUUGGACUCUUUUGCUUUUGGCAUGAUGCUGGUUGCUCACCUUUAUCUCAUGAGAAAGAUGCUGCUGCUCUUACCAAAGACAUUUACUUAUGGAGAACUGGUCCUUGUUUCCCAACUUAUACAAUAUUUUGUUCACAACAAUGCCCUGUUGGUAAUAAAGAAAAUGACUGCAGGAAUUCAUGUUUUAGACAUGGAAGUUAUAAUUGCCACUGUGGUUCUUACUCUGGCCAUUUCCGCAGCUAUUUUCCAUAAUUCAAAGGUUUCUCCAAUCAAAUUCUAUGUGACAUACGGUCUGCUAGCAAAUGCUAUAAUAAUCUUUUGGAUAAUGCUGUUGCACCCAUUUAGUUUUGAGAAGUUGGUCCAUUAUGUGAGUAGAAACCAGAUCUACCUAUUGAGUUAUUGGGUUUUAUGGUCAGUUAUGGCCAUUGCAGUGGUCAUUUACUUCAACAAACACAAAAACAGAAUACAUUAUGAUGUACGCAAAUAUUUUCAUGUGAUUAUGGUUGCUGUUUACCUGCCUGGCUUGCUAUUGGAACCUAUGAUGCUGGCCUUGGCAGCGUGGUGUGCCUUUGCUCUUCUUUUUCUGCUGGAGCAAUUCCGAAUGUACAAAAUUCCACCUUUAUCUUCAUCCCUGGAAUCGAGUCUGUCUUUAUUUUUGGACGAGAAAGACAGUGGUCCAAUGCUGGUCAGUCAUAUAUACCUGUUGGUUGGAUUCUCAGUUCCAGUUUGGCUGUCAACCGAUGCUGGACAUUUCCUCACUUCUGAAGACUAUGUCAGCUGCUUUUCUGGUUUGUUGACCCUUGGUGUUGGAGACAGUGCUGCAUCAGUUGUCGGGAUCAGAUUUGGUAAAACAAAACUUCCUGGUAAUUCCAGAAAAUCCGUGGAAGGGACUUUGGCCUCAAUCGUUGCCCAGAUCAUAGGCGUUGGGUGCUUGAAUUACUUUGUUUCAGUUCCGCUCACUCCAAGAAUCCUCUUCACACUCUCGUUGGCAUCGUUCUAUGAAGCUUUCACCGACCAAAUCGACAAUCUAACCUUGCCGCUCUUCACUUAUUCACUUUUACGCCUUUCGUCAUGACGAUGAUGAUGAUGAAUCAAUGACUCAUCGUUAUAUAAGCAGGGUUGUUCAUCUCUGGUCUUUCAUAAAAAACAUGUCUGGCCAUGGAAGAAUAUUACCUUGCUUCAAAACGAGACUUGGUGACAGGGGCAGGCAUGAACAAAUUCCAUCUGACCCCUGCAAGCGUCGAAAAGUGAUCUUUAAAUGAUGAUGAUGAUGAUGAUGAUGAUGGCACACACACACACACACACAUUAAUGUCAAGUAUUGCAAGGAGUUCCACUUCAAUGUUUACAGCUUAAAAUAACCUCAUUGAUUCUAUUACGACUAAAUUACUAGCACUCAGUGACACUUGUACUUUCACGCAGAUACGCUGACAUGCAUAGUCACACACACACACGCACACACACAUACACACACAUCCAUGUUCUUAUCUACAGCUCUACCUCACGUCCACACUAAUAAUUAUCCAUGUUAGCUCCUCAUGGACACUCCCUUCUAUGUAUACUUAUGAAUAAAUAUUAGUUUUAUUAUAAUCAUCAUCAUCAUUGUCAUCAAUUUUAACAUCUAUUUUUUGAUGCUGGCAUGGGUUGGAAGGAGUUCAUUUCAGGCAUAUGUUUCUACAGCUGGAUUCCCUUCCUGUUGCCAACCCACACCAAUAUGCAAACAAAGGAAUAUUACCCCAUGGCCAGACAUGUUUUCACAGAAGAUUGGAAAAGAACGACACUGCUUCCUUAACAUUUGCAAUUGCCAUGUAUUAUCAACAGACACACACAAAGCAGGCUUCUUUCAGUUUCUAUCAACCACAUCCAUCCACAACACUUUGAUCAUCCUGGGGCAAUUGUACAAGUCACUUGCCCAAGGUGCCAUGCAGUGAAACGACCUAGAACCAUGAGUUCAGAAAGCAAACUUCUUACCCCACAUCAUAUUUUGAUGAAUAACUGACACAGCUUAAAAUAAUGACAUUCCAUCUGAUAAUGUUUAAUCAAAUAAUGGUUAAUGACUCAUGUGAUAUUUCCUUUUGUAAAUUGAUAUCAGGUUAUUAAUUAAAUUUCUAUAUUUUUUACUUCGUUAAAAACAUCAUCAAGCAAUGAAAUUGUUAUAAUGUUUUGAAAUAAAUAAGUUUUUGUAAC